AUGGAGCUUCCACACAUCGGAAAGCAUUGUUCAGUCGCAUCAUGCAAUCGAUUAGAUUUUCUUCCUAUGAAAUGCGAUGCAUGUGCUGCUGUCUUAUGUAAAGAUCAUAUUAAAUAUGACGAACAUCGAUGUCCAUCGGCACAUCGUAAAAACAUUCAAAUACCUGUAUGUCCUCUGUGUAACCAAGCAGUUUCGUCGGUAAAUCGUGAUCAAUCACUUGAUGCGAUCAUCUCUGCACAUAUCGAUCGCGAUUGUAAGUCAGAUCCAGCUUUAAAGAAGCGACAAAAAGUUUAUUCCAACAAAUGUUCAUUGACAUCGUGCAAACAACGAGAAGCAAUUCAAGUCAAAUGCGACAAAUGUUCGAAGACUUAUUGUUUGAAACAUCGAUUCCCUGAUGAUCAUCAAUGCCGAGGAUUCGAAAAUACCGGUCGAGUGAUGAAUCCCGCUGGUGCUGCAGCAAUCGAACGUUUAAAGAAAACAACUGCCAGUACUGAACAGAAACCAACUAGUGCUACUGCAACAACAAUAAAUGAAGAUGAAGCGUUGGCAUUAGCGAUUAAACUAUCUCUCAAUCAAACAACACAGGAGGAUAAUGAUUAUCUCUUAGCAAAAGCUUUACAAGAAAGUGAACAAGAAGAAGCUCGACGUAAUAAUCGCAAUACACGUAUUCAAACGAAAGCUUAA